AUGUUGAAACGAAGUGCAGGGCCAGGAAAAUUAACGGCAGUAAGAACGGUACAACUGGAAGAUAAUGUGCUGCACAUGAUAGAGGAAGAUCCAACUACUUCUACGCGACAAAUUGCCAAUAGUUUGAAUAGAGCAUAUACCACAUCUGGUUGUAAAGUUUUAGCUGCCACGGAAUACACAGUGAGUUAUAACAACGUAGGAAAAUUAAUACACAAGGCGCUAGCGAAAAAAAUAUGGACUGACAUCAUGAAACAGGGAGGCAGGGGACUACAGCAAGUGGAGGCAGACUAUAAGUCAGCAAUACUCAGUAUAAGCGACUACUGUGAAAACAGCCCAGGCAGAAUGAUGAUGAUUGCCCGAAAUUACGAUCUCUUUCUGCCAGUAACUAAGUCCCGUAUACAAACAGCAACAAAAUCCCGUCAUCAGUUAUCUAUACGCGAAUUCCUAAAGCCAGACUUGCAGAACAGAAAGGGAAAGCCAAAAUAUAAAAAACCAGGAAAGCAUAUAACAAUAGCAGCACAUUCAAAAGCAGUAGAAACAUUAUUAGAAACAGCGAAACAACUAGCUAGUAAAGGAAUAGAAUGCGAAGUUAUAAAUUUGAGGAGUCUAAGGCCGCUUGAUAUGGAAACCAUCGUCAACCAAGUAUCAAACGAAUUAUCUGUUAUCCGUGGAAUAAAAAUAUUAGCACAUAUAAUGGAAAGCGAGAAUUUCUUCCACCUGGACCAGCCAGCCUUGAGGAUAACAGGUGCCGACGUACCUAUGCCUUACACCAAAUCCUUGGAAAUUGCGGAGUUGCCAAAAAGUCAAAAAUCAUAUCCACGAGAUGACGCCACUUGUGAUGCCAGAGAGAUGUUCACAAGUGUUGAUGUCAGUUGGCCUAGAUCAGUGCUUGAUUCCAGCAUGUGGAGAAAUUCACAGACUAGAUCACAACUAAUAAAUAAAGUAAGUGUUGAACUACUUGGCGAUGACGGUUAUGGUAUUGAGCCAUGCCUUAUGACUUCCUUCAGAAAUCCUACUCCAGGUGCAGAAAUAAAUUAUAAUAAGCUUUUAAAACAAGAAAGUGUUAUAAUUGAACGCGGUUUCGGCCAACUGAAACGCCUGUUUCUUAUCCUACAGUAUGUUUGCCGCGUAAAGUUGGAAAAUGUGCUGAAAAUAAUUAUUGCUUAUAUUGUACUCCAUAAUGUUGCGAAGAGCUUGGGCGAACCUGACUUUGAGUUAGUUGAGCAAGACCCAGAUGAAGAUGAAGGAAAUCAUGAGAAUGACGAACUUCCUCUGCGCCAAGUAGGUCAACAAAUAAGAAGAAACUUGGCUAUUAUAAUAAAUAGUUUCACUGAUUAA